AUGCUUCAACGUACUGGCGUCGGCUUUCGCAGAGUCCAAACCCGGAUGGGUUUUAUCUCUAAGAUACAGGCUACACGAAGCUUUCGGAAUCACAACAAUACAACAACACUUCCUGUAGACCAACCUAGAAGCGAUGCCACCAGCAAGCUAUCAACCCCUGCGACUCCUAACCUCUCGCGCCCGCAGAUAAUUGCGGACAGUACCCUCCUCGAUCCUAUUGAUAAUUUUCUUGCUCAACCCACCUGGUCUGUUCAUACAAUGUUAGCCGACUCGGAUUCCAUGACUCCAGAAGUCUCGGAUGCGGAGCUACAAAAUUUAAUACGCCUCUCGGCCCUACCACGACCUGAUUCAGCGCAGGCUCAAUGCAUCCGUACGACCCUUCUUACCCAGCUUCGCUUUGUGCAGGCUAUUCAGCGCGUAGACACGUCAGGCGUUGCUCCUUUGGUUUGCCUACGAAAUGAAACUGACGCUGGGCGUCGCGACUCCACCAUCAGAUUGGUGGAUCUGAAGGCCGCCUUAUCACAUGAGUCUUACAGUGGCAAAUGUACGCGUCCUCGAAGGCGACAAAAUCAAGAGCCGCCUAAAAUGGUGGACUGGGAUGUUCUUGGCGCAUCGUCAAAUGUCACGGAGAUGAAUGGUGAGAAAUAUUUUACAGUCAAGUCUGGAGCAGAUACUGAAAUCAUACCGGGAGCGAUGCACCAAGAAUAUGAGAGAAUGCUUUCUCUAGAGUAG